CACUGCUCAGUUGUUCGCCGGCAUUCGAACGCAUCAGUUAGUCUAAGGGGAGAUUCGCCAUUUCGUCUUGGCUCGACACAGACGGUACCGAGUGGAUUCUCGUCCCUGUGCAGUGAAAAGUUUCCCUAGGUCGCUAUCACCUGUUGACGAUAGUCGUUGGCAAGGACGACGUCUAUGAAUAGAGCCUCCAGGAUCAAGUGAAAUUUCCCUUUGCGUGUCAGAAUCGCAUUUACAUGAAUUUUUAAUUUUUCUGAUAUUUUCCGGUGUUUUUUGUUCGUUCGUGUGCAGUAAUAUAACAGUUGAAUGAAUUAGUAUAAAAGCUACAUCAGAUAUUCCUGAGAGUCAACGGUAGUGAUUUGACUUUUUUGGGAAGCAGUGAAAAGGCGUCGAGGGCCUUCUCGAUCCCUUUCGCUAGGUCGCAGAGAAGUGGGAAUAGAAAAGAAAUUUUUAGUCAGAUGUCAUCCGUGAAUCAAGUGCUUCUGAGAGAAUAAUUCGAGUGUGCCGGGGUGAAAAGUGUUUGGCGUUUUGAAAAGAUUUCGUGGAAACGUGCCGCGCUGAACUGCGACUCCAAUUACUUCAGUGCGGAUCACAGGAAUACCGCAUCUAAUUUGAGUGCAGAUUGCAACCUUUGCAAGGAAAUACUCUCCCGAACCCGAGGCAAACAUAUCCAUGCCAGGUUGAGGCUGAUUUGUUAUUAUGGACUGCGAUGUCUGAACGACCUUCGCGUUGGCACAUAUUCGCCCCCAGAAUUUUUUGGAAGUGCUUAUUUUGUAAGCUGAUGGCGUAAAACCGCAAAAUAUUCGAUUUUUUCCAUGCAACCAUGAUUUUUUUCGGCUUGUAAUCGAUUAUGCUUCUUACUAUUGUUUUAAUUGAAACACAGUUCGAUCGGAUUAGUUUUCGGUAGGUUCGGUAAACCUGAUACGAGUUGUUGAUUUUACUUUAUUACUCUGAUUUUUCAAAGUGAUUUUUGCAAUUUCACGGAAUAAGUGAUAAAAAAAUUACAAAUUUGUGUCCCGAAAUUAUUAUGUUCAGUGAUUUAAGAAGUGAGUUUUGAAUUUUCGAUAAAAAAUUAUUGUCCUUCCUUCAUAUUGUAUGGAUUAUUGUGCAGCUGAAACCUACGUUGUCAGACUAACUGAAUAUUUAUUAAGACAGAACGUCCAUAAUUCAUCCGGAGAGAGAGUGUAAUCUAACACAGCGGGCGUGUUUAGUUGGUUGUGCAAUGGUAUCUGUGCGAUUUCCAUUAAUGAUUGGCAGUUGUUAAGCCCAGGAAUUGCGGCCACGGGCAUGUGUUCCAAUUGAGAUUCACGAAUGUCGUCUAUGGGCCCUUCAUGGCUUUCUGGAUCCGUUUGAUAAUCUGGAUUUGAACAACCAAAUUAAACGAAAUGACAUCAGCGAGGAAUCGCGCAAGUAUGCCGGACGUUAAUUAAGCGAGCCGGGAGGAAGCAAGCAAAUGAACAACGAAAACGAGGAACAUCCAGUUCAGAAAUAGCCUCACAGAAGCAACAAGACUGACUGGACAUAAUUGAAGAGUACACAGAAGUACAGAAACUUCAUCUUGAAGAUAGACACCAACGAACUACAACGGACGUCCACAAGCAACAUUGUUAAUUGCUCGAUUCAUCCGAUUUAUAUAUUUAAAAUUAUAUAUGACAUCUUCACGAGUAAUUAGAGUACCAACAACCUUUAUGGGAAUUUGGUCAGCUGGUUGAUAUAUAGCAAAGAUUUCCCAGCAUCAGUCCAAACGACAAAAACAAAACGAACUCCACGUAGCCAUUUUUUAAUUAAUUCAACUUGGUUGAUAUCAAAUUAUCUAAUCAUUACAAUAGCGUACACGCAUAAUCAACAAAAUCACGCAUCAUUAAUUUUUACUAUUUAAGUUUUAAUUUAAUCACGUUUCGGUGUAAGAAGCAAACGAAAAUCUAUCAAAAAUGCCAAAAAGUAGAGUCAUACUUAAAAUUCUAUUCUCGCUGAGUGUAUGGUCCUUUGUAAUGAUUGGACUUUUCAAAUUACACGGCAACAAUGUGAUACUGCAGGAGCAUGUACCGGUUCCGAUUAGUGGACGCCUUCUACUGCAAAAGGAUAAUAAAUACAUGGAUCCAACAUCUACAACAACCGAUCGAAAUGUUCCCGCUGAUGUUUUGGUUGACAAUCGUACAGUCAUGGAUGACGAACAGCUAGUCCGCGAUGUGGAAUCACGUCUGCCAUCCUUACCAAUAGCCUACUGGAGUAAAAACAAGAAUUUCCUGCAACAGAAGUCAUCAACAUGUGCCAAGUAUCCAUCGAUAUUCGAAUUAGAAUUUAACAAUAUCUACUGGCAAACAAUGCGAACAUCAAACGGAACCUUCCAGCUCUUUGGCGCCUAUUACGACAUCCGCAAGCACUCCCGGAUCGGUCCAACAGUUCGAAUUCUUGGUAUGAUUAAUCGAAUCGAGCCCAAAGUGAAAACCUUCUGUCAAUUCUGGUUUGACGGACAGAAGGAACCAUUCAUAGUAAAAACAUUCGAAUAUAAGUACAUUUGGUAUAAUAAGUGGGGAAACUAUAAGCAAGGUAUCUAUCAACCAUAUCUGAUAGCAUGUCAAAUACCAAAGCCUUUCCAUCACGUCGUUCCUUCGUCUGUGUCUAUGGUGGAGAAGGAGUGUGACACAGCCACAAAUAACUUGAGGGUUAUUUACAAUCGACCACAAGACGAUCAAAAGAAAGGAUUUGCUGUUUGUGUGAAAGGCCUAGACUUUUUGUAUGAUGAUCUUUCUGUAAGGUUAGUAGAGUGGAUCGAACUAUUGAAUAUCCUUGGCGCAGAAAAGAUUUACUUCUACGAGCUCCAAGUUCAUCCUAAUAUCUCCAAGGUAUUGAGGCAUUAUGAGCAGAUGGGGAAGGUUCAAGUCACUCCUCUAACCUUACCUGGUGGGCAACCUAACGUACCAGGUUUCCAGCAUCUGUACCUUACGAAAAAGACAAAUCACAAAAGACAGAAUGAGGUCAUACCGUACAAUGAUUGCCUUUACAAAAAUUUAUAUCUUUAUGAUUAUAUUGCCUUGUUGGAUAUCGAUGAGGUGAUCAUGCCUAAGCAUGAUGAUAUGACCUGGGGAGAUCUCAUGAAAAGAAUCAUCCCCAAGGCGGAAAAAAUCAAACCUGAAGGAUAUCCCAGCUACAACGUUCGAAACGUCUACUUCCUAGACGAUCAUAAACACGAUCACGGUUGGUACAAAGAAGUUCCUAAAUAUAUGCAUAUGCUCCAACAUGUCUAUCGAUCACAAAACUACACGAAACCCAAUCAAUAUGUAAAAUGUUUCCACAACCCCGAGCGCGUCCUUACUUUGCACAAUCACUUCCCACUCGCUUGUCUCGGUGGCGUGUGUAAAUCCUACCCCAUUGACACUGAAGACGCUCAACUUCAGCACUAUCGUGCCGACUGUGUGAAAACUCUGAAGAAAUCCUGCGAAGAAUACCGCGAGCAUAGUAUCGAGGAUCGGACGAUCUGGAAGUAUAAGGACGAACUAGUCAAACGAUCAAUGAAAACGCUAGACACGCUCGGCUUCUUCAAGAGGUCCUCGGUAACUGGACCCAAUGCCAGCGGUAGCGAUGGUCGGGGUAGCGCCGGGCUAACGGAACGGUGAUUUCUACUCAAUUGGUGGAAUGAUGGUGGACAGUUUAUGGAUGAGUUUUUGUGACUGAGUAUUUUUAUGAAUUCUUUUUUAAUUAUUUAAUUAUACUUAAAAAUGGUUAGAUGCAAAUGAUAAGUGCAGAAUAAUCAUAAAUUAGGAUUUAAAAAGAUGGAUCUGAUCCGGCAAUUGUGUAUAGUUUUGAUCCUGUGAUCCUCCCACAUAUUGUAAAAAACUGGGUGCGGUUUAAGUUUAGUUCAUCUUAUCGAGGGAUUUCAUGUUACAAAAGACCUAAGCAUUGUAGAAAACACAACACAUGUAAAUGCGUAAUGUGCAAAGAUAUACAAAGUAUUUAAUUUCAUUGUAAACAAUUUAUCAAAUCAUAUACUUAGAAUCUAUUUUUUCGUGUCAUUUGUUAAGUUUAGAUGAGAAGCGAUAGUUUCCCGUGAUAGGAAGAAAUGGAUAUCUUAUAAACGCUGAGUAAUUUCUAUCCCAAUUUUGUUCAAACUAGUCUCAAUCUCAUACGGUUGAGAUGUUCACUAUCAUUAUAUUCUGUAAUUUCGAACUAGGUACGGUUUGGGAGGAAACGAAGCGGAAACAAUUGAAAAAAUGUUUUUUUAGAUGACUGUGAAUAUAGUUAUUAAUUGAGAUAAAAUACUAGCCUUAAGGUUUUGUAUAUUACAGAUUUAUUUUUAUUUUAUGAAAUAGACUUGCCAGUAGGAACUUUAUCAAAAAUUUAAA